CUGACUCAAUAACAACAACAGUAGCUAUGGAUGGAGCUAGUCCAACUGACUCAAUAACAACAACAGUAGCAGCUGUGGAUGGGGCUAGUCCAACUGACUCAACAAUAUCAACAGUAGCUGUGGAUGGAGCUAGUCCAACUGACUCAAUAACAACAGUAGCUGUGGAUGGAGCUAGUCCAACUGACUCAAUAACAGUAGCAGCUGUGGAUGGAGCUAGUCCAACUGACUCAAUAACAACAACAGUAGCAGCUGUGGAUGGAGCUAGUCCAACUGACUCAAUAACAAAAACAGUAGCAGCUGUGGAGGGAGCUAGUCCAACUGACUCAAUAACAAAAACAGUAGCAGCUGUGGAGGGAGCUAGUCCAACUGACUCAAUAACAAAAACAGUAGCAGCUGUGGAUGGAGCUAGUCCAACUGACUCAACAAUAUCAACAGUAGCUGUGGAUGGAGCUAGUCCAACUGACUCAACAACAUCAACAGUAGCUGUGGAUGGAGCAAGUCCAACUGACUCAAUAACAUCAGUAGCUGUGGAUGGAGCUAGUCCAACUGACUCAAUAACAUCAGUAGCUGUGGAUGGAGCUAGUCCAACUGACUCAACAACAACAAUAACAACAGUAGCUGUGGAUGGAGCUAGUCCAACUGACUCAACAACAACAAUAACAACAGUAGCUGUGGAUGGAGCUAGUCCAACUGACUCAACAACAUCAACAGUAGCUGUGGAUGGAGCUAGUCCAACUGACUCAACAACAACAACAGUAGCUGUGGAUGGAGCUAGUCCAACUGACUCAACAACAACAACAGCUGUGGAUGGAGCUAGUCCAACUGACUCAACAACAUCAACAGCUGUGGAUGGAGCUAGUCCAACUGACUCAACAACAUCAACAGCUGUGGAUGGAGCUAGUCCAACUGACUCAACAACAUCAACAGUAGCUGUGGAUGGAGCUAGUCCAACUGACUCAACAACAUCAACAGUAGCUGUGGAUGGAGCUAGUCCAACUGACUCAACAACAGUAGCUGUGGAUGGAGCUAGUCCAACUGACUCAAUAACAUCAACAGUAGCUGUGGAUGGAGCUAGUCCAACUGACUCAACAACAACAACAGUAGCUGUGGAUGGAGCUAGUCCAACUGACUCAAUAACAUCAACAGUAGCUGUGGAUGGAGCUAGUCCAACUGACUCAACAAUAUCAACAGUAGCUGUGGAUGGAGCUAGUCCAACUGACUCAACAACAGUAGCUGUGGAUGGAGCUAGUCAUCAUGCUGGUCUCUCACUGCAUGGAGGAGCAGAAUCCAUCCAGACUCACUCUGCUGGUCUGUCCAGUCCCUGAUCCCUCUCUGUCUCAUAGAAUGGAGUGCAGGUACGCCAGAAGUACACAUUCCUCUUCGUAAAAACUUUAUUGUCCCAACGUUGGACAAUAUGAUAUGUAGCAAAAACAGGAACAAAUAUGUACAAGCAGACACACACACCCCCCCCCCCCCUAGAACACCUAGGAGAACACCUAGGAGAACACCUAGGAGAACACCUAGGAGAACACCUAGGAGAACACCUAGGAGAACACCUAGGAGAACACCUAGGAGAACACCUAGGAGAACACCUAGGAGAACACCUAGGAGAACACCUAGGAGAACACUUGUGCUGAAGUCUCCUCUGGUCACUCUCUUUCUAAUGAUGAAUUAAACACUAACGGGAAAAUGAUUGCCGUCUCAGUAUAUGGUUUGGAUUGAAUGGUAGCACUGUACAAAUUCCUUUAUAAUUCACACGACUGAAAAAUGAAGUUAGACGUAACCGAAGAUAGAUGUCAUUUUAAAACCAUUGUUUUCCAUAAUUAAAAGGCAGAUCUGUGGCUUACAGACAA